AUGGAAGAGCAGCUUAAAUUAGUGGAAGACGAGAGGCGCUUACGAGUGCGUGAGAUCGAAGAGAAGAGAGAAAUGAAGCUUCGCGAGAACGCGGAACUAGCAAGACGGCUAGAUGAGAAGAAAAAAUUAGCCGAAGAGGAAAGCAUCCUUCGGGAGAGAGAAUUGAAAAGUGAAGAAGAAAUGAGAGUGCUGGAGCAAAGCGUGCUCCGUGAGGCGCUAGAGAAAAAGCGCGAACUGAUGCUGCAAGCCUCGCGCACUAGCCGCAUGGGCUCAGAAUGUAGCUACAGUGAGAAAAUUAUGUGCUGGUUAAACGAGAGCAAAGGAAUGACUGGAGCAAAAUCGAUGCCGAAUAAGGAUAUUCCUUACAGCUCCGGCUCUACAGUUUCAAGCGUUAAACCCAUCGCGACAUCAAGCGCUACAAAAAGAGAGAAAGAGAUGGUUGGUUCGAGACAAGAAGAGGAAGUGUAUGACGCACCAUCGCGACGACAGGUUGCCGCUCGCCAAGUGCUUGGCAAGGAUGUACCACAUUUCAACGGCAACCCAGAAGAUUGGCCCAUUUUUAUUAGCAUGUUUGAAGAGUCGACGAAAACCUGCGGGUUUAGUCAAGCAGAAAACCUGAUUAGACUGCAACGAAGUUUAAGGGGAAACGCUCUCGAACUAGUUAAAGGCCAACUUACGUUGAAAGAAAACGUGCCCGAAGUGCUAGAAACUCUAAGGAUGGUAGCUAAAACCAUUUAUGCCUUCGUAGAUGAAGGAUCGUCGUUCUCCCUAAUCGACGAAUCGAUCGCCAGAGAGUUGAAUGCUUACGGAUCGAAAUCCCCGCUAACGCUUCAAUGGACGGGGCAAGUGACGCGAUCUGAACCAAACUCCGAAAGAGUACAACUGCAAAUCUCUGGUGAAGAUAAAACCUCCAAAUUCAGAUUAGAAAACGUGCGGACGGUUAGCAGUCUCUUACUACCGUCGCAGACGCUGAACUAUGGAGUGCUUAAAAGACGAUUUCCCCAUCUAACAGGGUUACCCAUUACAAACUACGAAAGCGUGCAACCUCAACUUUUAAUCGGGCUAGAUAACAUUCGACUGGGUGUGCCAUUAAAACUUCGCGAAGGACGUUCAACGGAACCGAUUGCGGCUAUGUGCCGCCUGGGUUGGUCAAUAUAUGGAGGAAACGGAGGUGGUACAGCGCAGACACCUAUUGUCAAUUUUCAUGUAGCGCCCGCUACGGAUAGUGACUUUGCGCUAAAUGAGCAGCUGCGAGACUACUUCACGAUGGAAGAUUUCGGGACUUCGAUUCCUCGUGGGAUCCUUGAUUCGGAAGAGGAAAAACGUUCAAAACGAUUGUUAGAAGAAACGACGCGCAGAGUAGGACCCGGAAAUCAUUUCGAGACGGGUCUACUGUGGAAUACAGACUGCCCUAACUUUCCCGAUAGCUACCCUAUGGCAGUUAAGCGUAUGGAGUCGUUGGAGAGGAAAUUUAUACAGAUGCCAAAGUUGGAAGCGAAAGUUCGUGAAACCAUCGCCGACUACGAAGCUAAAGGUUAUGCGCACAAGGCCACCCUAGAAGAACUGUCCUGUGUUGAAGCUGGAAGAAUUUGGUAUUUACCGCUGGGAGUUGUACACAAUCCGAAAAAGCCAAAUAAGAUUAGACUAAUCUGGGAUGCAGCAGCAAAGGUCGCAGGAGUGUCGUUCAACUCGAGAAUGCUUAAGGGACCCGAUCUGCUCACACCGCUCCCGCAAGUGCUAAGCCAUUUCCGCCAACACCCGGUAGCUGUCGCCGGAGACAUAAUGGAGAUGUUUCAUCAAAUCAGGAUUCGUGAUCCUGAUCGCCAAUCACAACGCUUUGUUUACCGCAAGAAGCCAGGCGAUCCCGUCGAAGUAUACGUGAUGGACGUGGCAACAUUCGGUUCGGCAUGUUCUCCGGCCUCGGCGCAGUACGUAAAGAAUAAGAACGCCAUGGAGCAUGCAAAAGAAUUUCCACGAGCCACCGAAGCAAUCAUUAGAAACCAUUAUGUGGAUGAUUACCUGCAGAGUUUCACGACGGUUGAAGAAGCUAUAGAGGUCGUGAAAGAAGUUAAACUUGUGCAUUCGAAGGGAGGAUUCACGGUACGACGUUUCCUUUCGAACUCAUCGGAUGUACUUAAGAGUGUAGGAGACCCAGCAGAAGAAACUACCAAGAAUCUGAUGAUAGAACGAGGAGAAGACACAGGGUCCGUAUUGGGGAUGAAAUGGAAGAUAGAAGAAGAUGUGUUCGUAUUCUCAUUCGCGACCAACGAGAAUAUCCGACACAUAAUUCGCGAGGAACAUGUUCCUACGAAGCGUGAAGUGUUGAAGGUAGUUAUGAGUUUGUUUGACCCUAUGGGACUUAUAUCCUUCUUCCUAGUGCACGGGAAGAUACUCAUCCAGGAGAUCUGGAUGAAAGGCAUCGGAUGGGAUGAAGAAAUACCAGCGGAUCUGUACAAGCGAUGGCGAGAGUGGACCGACCUAUUUCCUCGUUUAGAUGGAAUACAUGUACCGAGGUGCUACUUCAAAUCACCGCACCCAAACUGCCUCGAAACUCUGCAGUUGCAUGUGUUCGUCGACGCCAGUGAGACAGCGUAUUCCGCUGUAGCAUACUUCCGCGUCGAGACAAAGGGAGUGAUCCAAGUAGGACUCAUAGGAGGAAAAACCAAGGUCGCCCCACUCAAAACGAUUUCCAUCCCUAAACUCGAACUGAAAGCUGCUGUCCUCGGUUGUCGAAUGGCGACAAUAAUAAAAGAACAUCAUUCGUUCAAGAUCAAACAGCAGUACUUGUGGAGCGAUGCCGGCGUUUGCUUGGCGUGGAUAAAAUCGUCAAACCCUCGGCGAUACCAGCAGUUUGUGUCAGUGCGGGUGGGUGAAAUCUUAACAACAACAGAUCCACAAGACUGGAGAUGGGUACCAUCUAAGCAGAAUGUUGCCGAUCUAGCUACAAAGUGGAACACCGGACCUGAAGUGACGAUGGAUAACUCAUGGUUCCAUGGCCCGCCCUUCCUACACGAACCCGAAGACCAGUGGCCACCAAAACGCUCGAUUUCCGACACAGAUGAGAACGCCCGUGUGAUACACAUGCAUAUCAGUCAAGUAGGGCAUCCGAUCGACCCGACACGAUUCAGCACCUGGAGAAAGCUGCUAAGAUCAAGCGCGUUGGUACCAUCAGAAGUAUCGGCACGCAAAUGGGGAAACAGUAGUGAACGAGAUACGACAACGCUUCGAUAUACCCAACCUCCGAGCAGUGGUAGGAAGGGUGGCUAA